GCGCGCCUGCGCACUAGGCCCGGCCCGGCCUCGCUUCUGGAGAGAGAGGAGCGGGGGGAGGGGGGACGACAGAGAGAGGAGAUGCCGAGGAGAGGCACUCGGGCUCAUCAUCCCCACCAGGAGGGAACCACUCGAAAGCCUCUCUCCUCUCUCUUCCUCCCGGCUUUGUCCUUCCCUCGGGUUCCCCACAGACGACUGCGGGCGAGUUGUAUUGGUAGCUUUGCCAUCCAGAGGCUUUAAAACCUGAGAAAGGGAGAGAGGACGUCCUCUAGACCUAUAUCCCGGAGUCCAAUGAUGCAGGCAGUCAAGGACACUAUCUCAGAGUCUCUGGACUUCAAUAGAAACCCUGGCACUUCUUCAUGACUAAACGUGGAACCACGUGGGAAUGUGUCCGCAGAGGGGGAGCAGCCCAGUUCAAUCUGUUUAUAGCUCAGCUGCUGGCAGGGUAGAACAGUGCUAAGAAGGAUGGAGCCACAAAAGAAUCUGCUAGACACGUGCUCCAAUCCACUGGUGUGACACCCUUGGACUGUCACUGCCCUUAUUCCAGAGUGACUGGAGCUGGUUUUGAUUGUCAGACGGAAAGCUUGCAUGACUCUCGAGAUGAAAAGGCAGUGCUGGUUUUCCAUAAGACCAUGCCUUUGAUUUGGAACCGGUAACUUGCUCUAAAUCAGGUCUACCAGCAGCAUGCUUUUGUCCGGGAUAACAAAGCAACCAAAGCACCAGCGCCAACAGUCUCUUGGUGGACAGCAGCCAGAAAAGCAUGAUGACAGCUUUAGGUCCAAGAGCUUGCCGGUACUUAAUGGGUGUGUUCCACGGAUUAAUACCAUGCAAAGUGCUCUCUUUGCCAACAAAAGGAGCUUCUUGCAGAGUUUCCAAGGGGUCUCUGAAGAGAGGUAUGAUCUUAACCCUGAUAUAUCAGCACACCGGAGCAAUGGUGCUGCCGUCACAACUUCCACCAGAACAAUAUUGUCUUUUACAGCUUCUAGCUUCUCAAGAAUUGGAAGUUUCAUUGAAAGAACAGACUGCAAUAACUCUGCUGGCAUGAGUAAAGGGGCUUCAUCAGCUUCCACGCUGUUAGCAAUCCCAGGCAGAAAAUUCCUUAAUGUAGUACUUGCAGACUCUCGCUUCUUUUUAGUGUGCAUGUGCUUUCUGACGUUCAUCCAGUCCCUCAUGGUGUCUGGUUAUCUCAGCAGUGUUAUCACCACCAUAGAACGGAGGUACAGCCUGAAAAGUUCAGAAUCUGGGCUGCUGGUCAGCUGUUUUGAUAUUGGCAGCCUAGUGGUAGUGGUAUUCAUCAGUUACUUUGGGGGGCGAGGGCGAAGGCCUCUGUGGCUUGCUGUUGGUGGUUUUUUUAUUGCUCUUGGGGCUGCCAUGUUCUCUUUACCUCAUUUCAUCUCUCCACCAUAUCAGAUUCAGGAACUGAACUCUUCUGUGUCUAAUGAUGGCUUGUGCUUGACUAACAAUAACACAGGCAAAGACCAUGUGGAAUCACCUGCCUGUUUCAAAGAUUCAGGUGGAAAUAACCAUUCACUCUAUGUAGCUUUAUUUAUUUGUGCCCAAAUUCUCAUUGGCAUGGGCUCCACACCCAUCUAUACCUUGGGACCAACCUACUUGGAUGACAAUGUCAAGAAAGAAAACUCAUCACUCUACCUAGCUAUAAUGUAUGUAAUGGGAGCUCUUGGUCCUGCAGCAGGAUAUUUAUUAGGAGGAGUUCUUAUUGGAUUUUAUGUGGAUCCUAGAAGUACUGUUUAUAUUGACCAGAGUGACCCUCGCUUCAUUGGUAACUGGUGGAGUGGAUUCCUUCUUUGUGCUAGUGCAAUGCUACUUGUUAUACUCCCCAUGUUUACUUUCCCCAAAAAACUUCCACCUCGACACAAGAAAAAGAAAAAGAAUAUCGCUGAUGAUAUUUCAAAUGAUGAUGAUAUAGUGAAAGAGAAAGCAAACAACAAACAGCAGCUAGAUAAUGAAGUACCUGCUUCAAUGGGAUUUGAAAAGAAUGUUAAAGAACUUCCAAGAGCAGCUGUAAGGAUCUUAAGCAACAUGACAUUCCUUUUUGUGAGUUUGUCAUACACAGCUGAGAGUGCCAUUGUUACUGCUUUUAUUACCUUUAUACCCAAAUUCAUCGAGUCACAGUUUGGCAUUCCAGCUUCCAAUGCCAGCAUCUACACUGGUGUGAUUAUUGUUCCAAGUGCUGGCGUUGGUAUUGUCCUAGGGGGCUACAUUAUAAAAAAACUCAAACUCAGUGCAAGAGAAUCUGCAAAACUGGCAAUGAUCUGCAGUGGUGUGUCUCUUUUGUGCUUUUCAACACUCUUCAUUGUUGGAUGUGAAAGCAUUAAUCUAGGGGGGAUAAAUAUCCCGUAUACUACAGGUCCUACCCUCACAAUGACGCACAGGAAUCUGACUGGCAGCUGUAAUGUCAAUUGCGGCUGUAAAAUCCAUGAAUAUGAACCUGUGUGCGGGUCUGAUGGAAUUACGUAUUUCAAUCCUUGUCUUGCUGGUUGCAUCAGUAGUGGAAAUCAUAGUGCAGGGAUAAGAAAUUAUACAGAAUGUGCCUGUGUCCAAAGUCGACAAGUUAUCACCCCACCAACAGUUGGGCAGCGCAGCCAACUAAGGGUGGUCAUUGUGAAAACCUAUCUCAAUGAGAAUGGUUAUGCUGUGUCGGGAAAGUGCAAUCGAACCUGCAAUACACUCAUCCCAUUCCUUGUAUUCCUCUUUAUAGUUACACUCAUCACAGCUUGUGCUCAGCCAUCAGCAAUCAUAGUAACACUCAGGUCUGUGGAAGAUGGUGAGAGGCCUUUUGCACUUGGAAUGCAGUUUGUUUUAUUAAGAACCCUUGCAUACAUUCCUACUCCGAUUUAUUUUGGAGCUGUUAUUGACACCACCUGCAUGCUGUGGCAACAGGAGUGUGGUGUGCAAGGAUCGUGUUGGGAAUACGAUGUGACAUCCUUCCGUUUUGUCUACUUUGGCCUAGCAGCUGGUCUGAAAUGUGUUGGAUUUCUAUUCAUUUUCCUUGCUUGGUAUUCCAUCAAGUAUAAAGAGGAGAAACUGCAAAGGCAGAUGUGGAGGGAUUCACAUAUCAGCACAGUGAAUGAAGUGGUGGGUAACACUGGAAUGCAACAAAACUAUGCGAGGACUAGAUCUUGUCCUACCUUUAGUUCUCAAGGUGAGCAUGCUGAAGAUACAAGUCUGGCCGUAGGCAUGCAUUCCACAGCACAGACCUAUCCAGGACUCCUUACAGAAACAAUAAAUGCUGCAUUUGAGAAGGCUUCUGAAGAUGCCACUCUUAAGAUAUAAGGGUGUGCCUUUUUUUGGCAACCUCAGUUUUGGUUUGUUGGUCAAUUUUAAGUAUAGGGCCUUUUGAAACACCAGUGCCUUCUUCUUGAUAAAGCAAUCUGGAAUAGAUAACAAACCAUCAGAACUUAAUGUACAGAGCAAUGGCAUAUCUGAGGGCUGGAUACCUCAAAACUACCCAGGUUGAUCUUUCUUACCUUUGGGAAAUGGAGUUUUAAACUAUAUUUGUAAGUACUUUAGCUGCAUCUUUAAGAUCCUCACAUUCAGGCAAAUGUUUAAAAUGGUUAGUGAUCCUAAGACAGAACUGCAUUAUCAUUGAUGAUAAAGCAAUGCAUUCACAACCUUCGGACUGGAGAACAGAUAAAUUACUUCGCAUUCUCUUUCAAAGCACAACUAUAACUCUUCACAGCUAUGCAACUUGAGUUGGAUAACUUUUUGCUCUGGGUAUUUUUCUUCAAAAGUUUAUCACUGAAUUGCAAAAGAGGCCAUUUGAAAUAAUCCAAUGUACUUACGCAAUAUGUUUUCUUUUUAAAGAAUUACUUGAAGUUACAGAGCAGACUUUACCAAAUAAAGUCUCAAUUUCUAAAUCAUAAUAAAGUACUUUUAAUUGUUACUUGUUAGUCUGUCAAUGUAAUUUAAUUUUAGCAUGACAUGAUGUAUUCUCAGUUUAGGAUAUUGCAAAAUUAAAAGCACCAGUUUUAUCAGUAUUUCUUAAAGCAUAACCUUACAUGAAGACCAGUUUAGUACCUGCAUAUUCUGCAGCUAGGAGCUAUUCUACCACUCUGCUAUAGUCACCAAGUUCCCAUUCAAGCUUUCAUAGACUCAACAAAAACAAACAUCUACCUUGUGGCAGUCGGAGAUGAACCUCACAUUAUAUUGAAGCUAUAUGUAUGGCAGCGUCAUAGGUUUUUUAAAAAAAGUUAAGGGAAAUAUGCUCAUGUGAGUGUUGCAUUUUUUAGUGAAAGUUCCAGGCUAACUUUCUCAUUUUGUUCUGUUCAGUUAUCAUAGUUUGUUGAUUAUUUAAGUCCCUUUGUGGAAAUAGAGAAGUUCUAUUACAGCUGAAAAGGUGUGAUUCAGAGACUCCAGAGAGAAACAACAAAGAAUACUUGGGCAUUGUGACAUAGUCAGUCCUCUUUUAGGAGCUUUGCUUACCAGAUUUUUUUUUUGUCCUUUGUGGUUGAUGGUCCAUACAGUUAGCUUUGUGCAUGCAACAACAUUUUGAAACUUUACUUUGCAAAUGAAUCCUUUGUGUUUCUAGACACAAAGUUUUGAAACCAGAGCAAGUUCAGCUUUAACUUCUGUUACAACCUAAGGAGUUGCUGUCAGCUUUUGUGCACCCCUCAAGUUAUUUCGGGGGGGGGGGCAUUAUAACAGAGAGAAAAUGCAGGGGGGAAACGUGUCGUUAUCUUUAUAGUAGAUAAAACGUUUUGAUGGAAAAUUCAUAAUGGAGAAUGGUAAGAACAUUAGGCAUAAGGUCUGUAAUCAUAGCUCAAGGCUACUAUGGCUCAGUGCGUAUAUGUAGAGUUUGCAUUGGUGCUGAUGUAAUACAAAAAGUGGUUCAUGCUGGGAAAGAAGUAUAAAUAAGGAAGUAUUUCUGAAGACACCAAAAAAGGGAGAAGUAUGUCAGUGUUCAUAAGGUUGGUACCAAAUGUUUAAAAUCACAUUUUUCAGGAACAAAAUAAUACAUUUUAUUUUACGUCUUAGAUGUAAAUAGAAUAUACAAAAUGAACAGACUGCAAAUCAUAGUUCUGUGUUUUGAAGAAAACACUGUUUUCCAGUCAAAUAACAGGGAAACUGCUGGUCAGCAUCUUCUACAUGAUCAUGCAGAUAUUUUAUACAAGCAACAUUCCCUGUCUCUGUGAUUGCUUAAAGCAGCAGGAUGCCUGCUGUGCCUCUUAAUUGCUUUCCUAGUAUUAACAAUUCAUUUACUGGCUGUUCAAUGCCAUCCCUUUUGGAUAGGAAAGAACUACAGGAAAAAUUCCUUUGGGACAACAAUAAUACUCAAUAUGUAAUUGAAGGGAUUUUUUCCCUUCCUUUCCCCUCCAUUAGAUUUUAAGUUUUAAUUUAGUACUUGUUUAUGAUGUACAUAAUAUAUGCGGAAGUAGACAGCCAUAAAUAUUAAUGUGAAUAUAUGUUUAUACUUGUAGUAUUAAGGGUAUUUAUACAAACCUAAUACAGCCUCAAAUUAUUCAUUAUUUUUCUAUGUACAGCUAUUUCCAUGUUGGUUUCACUCCUGCAAUUUGAAAGUGUAUCCAGAAUUGUCUGUAGUAGAAUGUUUUAGCCUGGGCUAUAUACAUUUCCAGUUAUUGUGUAAUUUAUUUAUACUGUACCUUACCGUUCUUGUAUCCUGAUACAAAAUGGAAGAUGUAGAAGCCUGAAUUUGCUGUGUAAUAUCUGUGACAGCACAUUUUCCAGUCUACCUUUUUUUAGUGCAGCCAAGAGUGGAAACCAUUCCUCCAGAAAAAAACGAUUGCAUCAACUGGAUCACCUUUGGACUGGUGCUAAAAAAUGGUGCUAAAGCAACAAAGUAAUCUUUCUGGCAUGAGAAAUAGUUCAGAUAGGUUUAUAUAGCUGCAUGUGCUUAUCUUAAUCUGAAUUGUCUUAUAAAAAAGUGCACAUAGUAUUAGUCGAUUGGGCGCCUAUUCUUAUUCUGUAAACUGGUCAUUUGCUUGAAGAAAAACAAACCUAAACCAGUAUUUUUAUAUACGUUAAACCAAAAGGAGCAACUGUAAUUUGUAAGGCUGUAAACAUAAUUUGCUGAAGAAGCUUAUUAAUGUUUUAAAGACAUUAUGAUACAGUUUUGCUAAACAGAUGUAAUAGCAAAUACCAAGUUGACAAGAUUUUGGGGAGUAGUUUUCGAGCACAUAUAAAACAUACACAUUGAUGUUCCUUCUAUAUAACAGCAUAGUUGUUAUUGAGGUUAAUACUGAAAAUGUGUGAAUGUCAGGGCAAGCAGAUUUCUGACUACCUAUAACCUUAAAAGGCAAUAUCCUAUUCCUCCUGCAAAACAGAAUGGAUAGUGAAAAAUAAAUGUAUACUGUACUAUAAUGGAUGUUUGAUACUUACUGGAAAGAUGUGAUACUUUUGUGAGAAAACAAACAUUGCAGGAAUGACCUAAAUAUUCUAUGGAAUAUGCAAUUUUGAAUUACUGUUACUUUUUAAAAAUACUGUUAUACUUCCCCACACCCACAGAGGAUCUUUGCCAUUGGCUUGAAAUGAAAUAGCAGUAUAUUGUCCAUUUUCAAAUUAGCUGCCUGAAAGAGGAGGAAAGGUCUUAAUCAAGGAACAAACUAGUUAAAAGUGUUAAUGUUUAUGUUGAAUACAUGUUUUUGAGAGCCUCAGAUAAAAAAUAUUUAUCAAUUAUAUCUGUGGAAACAAAAAUAUAAAUGUCAUGGAUUUCUGUGAAAUACUUUACAUUUUAGGAGACUUUUACUAAUAUUUAUGUCUUAGUGGAACAAAGAAAAGAUUUCAAAGCCUGUGUGCAAGUUCAUCUAAAUACACUGUAUGGAGAGAACUUGGUGGUAAACAUCUGUUUGCAAGAAAACCCUUCAAUACUUGACAUUUUGAAAUAAAAAAUGGUGUUCUACCA